CACCUUGACGCCCUUGAAGGAUACCAUCACCCGUCGCGCCCUUCUCCUCCUCCUCCUCGGCCUCGUCGCACACCAUGGACGAAGCUGGACCCUCGUCUCGACCGGCGCCUUCCUCCUUCAGAGACUUCGCCGACUCGCUCAAGGAGGCACGCGACCUCACCCUCGCAGACCGCCUCUCCUCUGGCAUCGACUCCUCUCAACCAGGCACGGCUGUCCGCUUUGCACAAGUAUGUCUCCAACGAGCUGCAGCUGCAGAGGGAGCUGAGCUCGAUCAAGGCAAGGGAGCGCUACUCAGGAGGAACGUCUUCGAUGAUGACCAGGGAGAGGAAGACCGCAUGGACUGGAUCCUGGAAGCGCGGACGUGGGAGCUGGUCCAUCUCCUCUGCGCUGACCGGUAUCUGCCUCGCGUUGGAGCCGAUGGAGAGGCAGACUUCGAAGAUGACUUUGCACGCGAGCCCGACUUCUAUCAGACACCACGCUCUGCAAUCUCAGAUCUACUGGAGAAGAGUAGAGAUCUCAGGGAGCUCAAGAUUGUACGAGAAUGGCUCUCCUCUCAACUCCCACCCAUUCACAUCGCAGAGGUGCGCAAAGGCUACGCGCCCUUCAGCAAGAGUCGGCUGAAGGCAGAGAGAAGGACACAGGUGGGCGGCAUCCGAACAAGCACGAACAAGGCCAUUCGGAGCCUGGACCCCGACGCAGAGAGUCGUGGCGAAGGCAAGUGGGAUCCAGAAGACUCAAGCUAUGCAAAGGCUCUGCACCGGACUCUGUUCGAGUACGCAAGGGCUGGCGAGCUAGACGCUGCCUUUGACUUAGCAAGGCAAGCGGAUCAACCUUGGAAGGCUGCUAGCCUGAGGGGAGCCAUCCUGUAUCAUCAAGCCCUCGACUCGGCAGACGAUGUGAUGGACGGCGACGAUUUCCAGGAGGACGUCGGCGGCAACCGAAAUCGACUCCUCUGGAAGGCAGUGUGCCGGAAGCUUGCUGCUAGUCCUACUCUUGACGUGUACGAAAAGGCCCUGUACGGAUCAUUGGCCGGCCAACUUCAAGGGCCGCUCGCCGUAUCAGACACCUGGGAGGAACAUCUCUGGGCUCACAUGAAUGCCGCGUUCGAGGCGAGGAUCGACGAAGCAUUUGAAUCAGAAGAUGCAAGGACUUGGUGGAGCCAAGAGGGCGGAGGUAGCAUAAAGGUCAUGGAGCUCAAGUCUUCAAGUGGAGAUUCGCACGCAAAGGAGACUGUUCGCGCCGAGCUCAAAAGCAUCUUCGAAAGAGUCAAGGGAACUGAGAAGGGAUCUGUGAACCUGCAAGCCAACAAUCUGUACCACGUUGUUCAAGAAGCAAUUAUCCUAGAUGGCGUCGACGACCUUCUCAUUCACGUCGAGAGCCGCUUGCCAGAGAUGAGGGCGACCUUGGAGCCGAAGCGAUACGUGCACGUCGCACGCUUCUUCUCACAUCUCAUCAUCUACUUCCGCCUGUUGCACCGGCCUCUGCCUGCAUCGACGUGCAAUUCGAUGUUGCGACACUACGUUGAGGCGCUGGAACAUGCAGGAGAGGACGAGCUCGUUGCGAUGUACGCCAGCUCUCUCGAGCGCGAAUCGGCCGAGGAGACAUACGCUCGCUUCCUGGCAUCACUCAACAUUGACAUGCCUCUGGCAGAGCGCAAGACGGCCUUGCUCAGGGCAAAGGAACACUCACUGGACACGGCUUCGGUGGCCCGCUUGGUCGUGCAAAUCAUCUUCGGCGAAGCAUAUCCUGCCAUUGCUAGACAGACCCUCAUAGCCGCACAUGGCUUCGAUCCGCUAGCAGCUCUGAACACGGACCUGACAGAGGUCGAGGCAAGACUCAUCUCGGCCAUUGACUGGCUCACCUUUGACGAGUCGACCAGAGCGGACGCCGUCUUCCAGAGCAAUGCCCUCAUGCGGCUCUUCCUCUCUUCUGGCAAGCUCCAUGCAGCCAGGACCACGCUCUUCAGUCUGCCAGAGAGCGUCGUGGCAGACCUGAAUGACAUGCUCGAUCUGACCUUCGGGGACAAGAGCGAACAUCUGCACUAUCGGCAAUUCUUCUCGGCCCUCUCUGCAAGCCUGUCUUUCCGCGAGGUGCUCAGCAAGCAGCCUAGUCGUGCAUCGAAGCUGGAAGCCCAUACCUGGAGGGAAGCCCUGUCCAAUGUGCUCCUGACUGCCAAAGAAGCUUCAUUGGAAGUCCUCACUGGCGACUGGCUCAAGCUGGCUCAAGCAGAUGACGAUGAAGUCGAUGCGGCUGCCAAUCGCGAAGAAGCUGAGCGCCGUCUCGUUGAGCUAGCUCGCAUCCGCCAGAUCUAUAUUCCCGAACUAAUCCUGCGGCUGCACUUUAUGUUCUUCGAUACCCGAGAGGCCUUAGGGAUGGACUCACUGCGCUUCAUCAUCGUUGAUCUGCCGAUCCUGGUGGCGGAUGAGAGAUACAGGCUCUACCUUGAGUUUGUGACCCGCGAGGGGGGCAAUCGGCUGAAGGAGUAUCUGGAACACGUCAGGAGGGCCAACAUCGAGGGUCUUGCGUAGUGAUGCAUCCCUUGAGGUGGGGGUUGUACAAGUAAUGGCAGUAGAAAUUGACCCCAUUCAGCUCAGGACUGAUAAGAUCUGUACCGCCU